UGGAAUCUCUGAAAUGAAAAGUAAUGAAGUAAUACGGAAAGUGUGCGUGUGUGCAGUACGUCCGAAGUUUCCGUAUUAAAAUAUGUGCCAUAGAUUAUCAUAGAAAGGACAAACCUAACCCUCAAAAAUUUCCUGAUGCAAAAAACAAAGAGCUACGCACAUAAUGCUUUCUGUGGAUUCAUCCCAUUAGGCAAACUUUGUAGGUCCAUCACGUUGGUGCUUUGUAGUCACAGCUGAAUCUAAAGAAGUUGUGAUGAUAACACUGAAACUGUUACAUAUUCUGGAAGAUUUGGAAGGUGAAGAAUUCCAUAAGUUCAAGUGGUGCUUGCAGCAGAAUGAAAAACCCAUCAAAAGGAGACGACUGGAAAAGGCAACACCAUGUGACACCGUGGAUGCGAUGGUGCACAAGUACGGGCCAACUGGAGCAGUAAAAAUGACCCAGAAGAUUCUAGAGGAGAUCAGCAGGAACGACCUGGUGCAGCGUUUGUCUGACAGCAGCUCAGAACCAGGAGAUCUGAUGGUUCCAGUACCAGAGCCACGGCCCAUCACAUAUUACCAGCCGAUGCUUCAAACAAACCUCCAAGACGAGUUUCUUUGUGUAAAAGAAGGCUGGUCUGAAGACGACCAACGUCUGGAUGACAUCUACACAGAGCUGUACAUCACAGCUGGGCCGGAUUCACACAUCAACACACAGCAUGAGAUCCAACAGCUUGAAACGACACAGCAGAAGCAAAGAUCAGCAGAGAAGCCAGUGAAGCCCAGUGACCUGUUCAAACAUCCCCCUGGUAAAAACAGACGGAUCAGAACAGUGUUGACCAAUGGAAUCGCUGGGAUUGGAAAAACAGUCCUUGUGAACAAGUUUGUGUUGGACUGGACCGAAAAAAGGUCCAAUCAAGACGUGCAUCUGAUUUUCCCCUUCACCUUCCGUCAGCUGAAUCCACUGAAGGGACAGAAGUUUAGUUUGUCAGAGCUCAUUCAUGAAUGUAUCCCAGAAACUGAGUUCAUCAGCCUGGAGGCUCUGAAUUACAUCUUUACACAUCUACAGUCAACAGGAAACAGCAACUAUGACAAGAGCAGCUUCAAACUUCUGUUUGUGUUUGAUGGACUGGACGAGAGUCGCCUCCAACUGGACUGUAGCACCAGUAAGAAAGAGAGGGGUCAAUGUAACGCCACAAAGUCCACCUCAGUGGAUGAGCUUCUGACAAACCUCAUCAGAGGAAAACUCCUACGUUCUGCUCGCAUCUGGAUCACCACACGACCUGCAGCAGCCAAUCAGAUUCAUCGAGACUUUGUUGACGUGGUGACGGAGGUCAGAGGGUUCACUGACCCACAGAAGGAGGAGUUCUUCAGGAAGAGAUUUACAGAUGAGGAGCAGAGCAACACAAUCAUGUCCCACAUCAAGACGUCACGAAGCCUCCACAUCAUGUGCCACAUCCCAGUCUUCUGCUGGAUCACUGCUACGGUUCUGGAGGAUCUGAUGGAAACCAGAGAGGGAGUAGAGCUUCCCAAGACCCUGACGGAGAUGUACGCAGAGUUCCUGGGGUUUCAAAUGGAUCGGACCAAAGACAAGUACGGACCAGAACAGAGCAGCAACUACAUCAAGUCAUUAGCUAAACUGGCUUUUGAGCAGCUGGAAAAGAGAAACUUGAUCUUCUAUAAGAAAGAUCUGAAAAAGAGCGGCAUCAAUGUCAGAGGAGCCUCAGUGUGUUCAGGAGUGUUCACAGAGAUCUUUAAACAGGAGCGAAGAAGGAAAACCAAGGACAAGAUGUUCAGCUUUGUUCAUCUGAGCGUUCAGGAGUUUCUGGCUGCUGUUCACAUGAUGCUCUGUUACACCAACGGGAAGAUGGAGGAACUGGAGGAUUUUUUGAAAGUCUCCAAUGCUGCUCUGCAUGAUAUCCUGAAUAUAACCACGUCUAAAUCUCUUCUUAGUAAAAGUGGCCACCUGGACCUGUUUGUUCGCUUCCUUCAUGGCCUCUGUCUGGAGUCCAACCAGAGAAUCUUAAGAGGUUUGUUCGGUCACACAGAGAACGGUCCAGAAACCAUCCAGACAAUCAUCAAUAACCUAAAAGAGAUGAACAGUGGUAGAAUCUCUCCAGACAGAAGCAUCAACAUCUUCCACUGUCUGAUGGAGAUGAAUGACCACUCAGUCCAUCAGCAGAUCCAAGAGUUCCUGAGGUCAGAGAACAGAUCAGAGAAGGAACUCUCCUUGAUCCAGUGCUCAGCUCUGGCCUACAUGCUGCAGAUGUCAGAGGAGGUUCUGGAUGAGUUGGACCUGAACAAGUACAACACAUCAGCGGAGGGACGAUGGAGACUGAUCCCAGCUGUGAGGAACUGCAGAAAAGCUCAACUUUUUGGCUGUGGACUCACAGAGACUCACUGUGAAGUUGUGGCCUCAGCUCUGACGUCCAACCCGUCACAUCUGGCACAUCUGGACCUGAGUAACAACAACAUGCAGGACUCAGUGGAGGUUCUGUGUGCUGGACUAAAGAGUCCUCACUGUCGACUGGAGACUCUGAGAUUGAGUCGAUGCAGUUUGUCAGAGAGCAGGUGUCAUUCUCUGGUCUCAGCUCUGAAGUCCAACCCAUCACAUCUGACGCAACUGGACCUGAGUGACAACUUCAACCUGCAGGAUUCAGGAGUGAAGCAUCUGUGUGGUUUUCUGGAGAGUAGUCACUGUCGACUGGAGACUCUGAGAUUGAGGAGCUGCAAUUUGUCGAAGAUCAGCUGUGAUUCUCUGGUCUCAGCUCUGAAGUCCAACCUGUCACAUCUGAGACAACUGGACCUCAGUGACAACGACCUGCAGGAUUCAGGAGUGAAGCAUCUGUGUGGUUUUCUGGAGAGUCGUCACUGUCGACUGGAGACUCUGAGGCUGUCAGGCUGUCUGCUCUCAGAGAAGGCUUGUGUCUCUCUGGCCUCAGCUCUGAGCUCCAACCCCUCCCAUCUGAGAGAGCUGGACCUGAGCUACAAUCAUCCAGGAGACUCAGGAGUGGAGCUGCUGUCUGCUGGAGUCAAGGAUCCACACUGGAGACUGGACACUCUCAGGGUGGAGCCUGGUGGAGUCCAGUAUUUGACACCAGGUCUGAGCAAGUAUUUCUGUCAACUCACCAUCGACACAAACACAGUGAACGGGAAACUACAACUGUCUGACAACAACAGGAAGGUGACACGUGUGAAGGAGUAUCAGUCAUAUCCUGAUCAUCCAUACAGAUUUGACCAGUGUCCUCAGCUGCUGUGUAGUAAUGGUCUGACUGGUCGCUGUUACUGGGAAGUUGAGUGGAGAAGAGAGGUUCAUAUAUCAGUGAGUUACAAAGGAAUCAGAAGGAAAGGAAAGAAUGAUAACUGUUGGUUUGGAUGCAACAAUCAGUCCUGGAGUUUGAGCUGCUCCGAUGAUGGUUACUCUAUUAAACACAAUAACAACCAAACAUCCAUCUUCUCUUCUGCAUUUAACAAAUUAACAUCUACCUCCUCUUCCUCCGUGUCUGACAGAGUAUCAGUGUAUGUGGACUGUCCUGCUGGUUCUCUGUCCUUCUACAGAGUCUCCUCUGACAAACUGAUUCACCUUCACACCUUCAACACCACAUUCACUGAACCUCUUUAUCCUGGGUUUAGGUUCUGUUGGCCUGGUUCCUCAGUGUCUCUGUGUGAUGUGUCGUAGUGAGAGUUUGAUCCUGUCAGAGAAACGUUGUCACUGUUGAACAUAGUUCAGUCUGUUCAUGUCUGUCUCAUUUUCAAAUUCAUGUAUUAAACCAGUUUCUUUCUGAAUCA